AUGUCAGAAGGGAUCGCCUCCCCGGGCUCGGCGGAUUCUGCGAUUGACUCGCCAAGGGACUGCAUGGACAACAUGUACCGAGACGAGCUCGAGCUUGAAGUCAAUCAUCGUGUCACUGAAGCGCUGAAGAAAGCUUAUGAACGCGAUGCAGACGAGUUCCGUUCGAUGAUGGAGCAAUUCGAGCCCAGGGAACGAAGCAGCGACAACUCAAGAGAUCUCCACGCAGAGAACCGAUCUCUGAGACGCGAGCUCAGCCAAGCACAGGCGUCAAUUGACGUUUUGAAAGCAAUGAUACCCACUGCAGGACUUAUCGAGCGAUACACGGACAAAAUCGAGAAGUUAGUCGCCGCACACGCAGCGCUCGAAAACCGAAACCGCGAGCUCGUCCAAAACAACGAAAAAGUGGUUCAACACUAUCGCGAGGUCGAAGCGCGCAACAGGAACCUCGUCGAAAUCGUGAACGAAGAAGUUCGAAAGCGUGAAUUCGCAGAGCGCCGCUCGGAAGAACUCUGCAAGCUGUUGCAACGCGCUGAGGUCGGCAUCGGCAUCGACCGUCGUGUCAAGAAAUGA